GAUAUCCACGAAGUCCGUCCUGGACGUCCUGAGGACGUCCGUGUGCUAUCUGGGAUAGUCCUGUACUUUACAAAUUAUAACCUUGCAACUUUUGUUUUUGACCGGGAGUUGCUUUGAGGGGCAUAACUCUGAAACUACUGGACCCACAGCGGGGAGAUUUUGCAGGGAUCAACUCGAUACUUUGGGCUAUAUCAUAUAAAAAAUUCAGAUUUUUUGCUCAAUUUUUACGAACGUGGCGGUACUUCAAACUUUUGUUCCUUUAAUUUUGUCCUGUAGUUUAUAAAUAAAUCCUUAAUAAUGGUAAUACGUAGUCUGCUAUAGAUAGCUUGAAGAUCCAUUAUAGUCUACACAUAAGACUAAGCCAUUGUCUACAAUAAGAUUUUAAGCUUUAAACCGUAAGAAAUUAACCAAACAUAUCGAUUAUUGGUCAAUUCCUUACGACUUUAAGCUUAAAUUUCAUUGUAAACGUUGGUAAAGCAGAAAGGAAUAGCAAUGAGUGUGAUAAAGAGAAAUAACAUCACCAGUGACGUCAUGACCAAUCAGCGUUAUGUAUCCGGAUGAGACAACCGGAGUGCUGGCAAGAUUUACGGUCACGCAGCAAAUUAAAGCAAAGCAAAAUAAAUGCAGAACGGAGGAAAACUGGUGGAGGAAGUGAAUCUCAAAUAAAAUUAAGUCAAACAGAAGAAGCAACAUUGAAUUUAAUUUCUCCAGUAUGUAUCGAUGGACACAUGGAGGUACAAGAAAGUGUAGUAGAAAUACAACCAGAGACUGAGUUGCACAUUGUCAGAAUCGGUGGUUACGAUUACGUGAGCGCUUUUCAAAAGAACUACAAGGUUACAAGAAGUAGACAGCCGCAGUGGUAGUGGAGCUAGUCAUCGCUCUCAAUUUCAUUUAUAUAGCAAUAUGUUGUUUUUAAAAAAUCAUAUCAAACGAAGGAAAUCAUUUACCAAUGUUAAUGUGCCUAUAAAAAGAAUUGCAACUGUAUCUACUGUCUCUUCAAAUAAUUUUUCUUCUGCAAGAAACAGCCCUUCAUUGGACAAUACUAAUUACGAUACAGAUGAUACCAUGUCAGAGUCAAAUAGAUCAUCAUCUUCUAUAUCUUGGCAUAAGAAUUCAAUGGAAACAACAAAUUUUUCUUGCAUUUUGCAAGAAGUUGACAGGAGUCAGUUACAACAACGUCAGAUUGAUCACACAAAUUCCAACAGUUUCAAGCUGAACAAGAGCAAACAAGAAACCAUACUUGCAUUUCACAAGUGAACAAUACAUGUGACAAAAUGCAACAAAAUAUGCAUGGCAUUUUACAAGAAAACGAUAUGAAUGUAAAUUACGUAGAAAGGUCAAAUAUAACGCCACCUCCUCGAUAUGAAUCUCGCAACUCGUUACGAGUUCCGAAAAAUCAAACGAUUCUGUUCCAUCGCCUGUAAUUUCGCCAAAUAAUUUCGCGAAAAAAAUAGCGGUAAAAUAAAAAAUAGAAAUAGUACAUAUUUGGAAUCUUCACAUCUUCAGUUUUAAGUGAUUCUCUCAAAAAUCGCAUUUCAAAUCAACCUUUAUAUCCUAGAAAACAACAUUUUUACAAUUUAAAUACAUUAACGUCAAAAAAAAGUUUUGGCAUGUUGGUUGCAACGGAAUUGGAACGAAUUCCUGAACCAGAGAGAAGUAAAAGAAAACAUGUAAUAACAGAAAUUUUAUGGAAGCCUAUUGAAUAAUAUUUUAAUAUAUUUCUAUCCUAAUAUAUCUCUAAUAACUUUAUCUUACUACAUAUAUUUUUCAAUUAUAUCAAUUGUUUUUAAUAUUUCACGUUUUUUAUAUUAAACAUGAAACACAUACAUAUUAUAAAUGUGAUAUUAUUAAUAAUGACGUUGUAAAGAAUAAUGAGAUAUAAAGAUAAAAAUGAGAAAUUAUAAUUUUUAUUUCAAAUUACAAUGACAGUUUAUAAUGGCACAUUAUAAUGAUAUACCAAUACUUUAUAUUUAGAAAUCAGUAUUAUUGAAACCUCUACGAAUAUAAUCGUCCUGCCAUGGAACUGAACCAGCUGGGGUCAAUAAAUAUUCUGCUAUCGCA